GCAGUUCACCAGCUCUAAUAUCAGCCCCGGUUAUAUUAUUUUUGGUUAUAUUUUUAUGAAUUAAAACAAGCACAAUGUUGCGAUCGAGGAUCUCAUGCGCCCUACCCACGAGGCGGUUGAUGUCUUACUUGUCGCCGGAAUUCAAUAAGCUGGCAAACGAGGGCCCUAAGUUAUCCGCUGUUAGCCAUGUUGCUGCCAAUAUGGAUUUGGACCUCUUCGUCAAUCCGGACAACCGUCCAAUGGAUCUGGUCGACAGGCUAGCGAAGCUAAGGAGCCAAAAGGAAGCUAGUUUGGUGCCCCUCUUUCCAAGUGUUUUGGUCAAACAGCUGCUAGACUCCACCAAUCCCCAAGAAGCGAUAUCAGUGUUACGUAGUCCAACACAGUACGGCCUGUUUGUUGACCAGUUUUCCGGCUGCUUCUUAAUGGAUGUCCUGCUACACAAUGGCAAUGCUGUGGAAGCAGCUCAAGUGGCUGCUAUUCUCGUGGAAAGGGGCUUAUGCAACAACGAGCUGGUCGAGGCGCUGGCCCUCCAGUCAUUCUAUAGUUUUGCAAAAGACUUCAAGCCCGUCGUUUCAGAGCAGCAGGAAAAGCCCGCUCCCAAAAAAAGCGAUGUGGAAAAAGUCCGUGUAAAAUUCAUCCGCAACUACCACGAGGAUCCCAGCGAAAACACCGAAGAAAAAAAACUGGGGCGGGCUAUGGUUAAAAUUGGUUCCGGUGAAGGGUCCUUGAAAGAGCUUGAACAAAACAUUGCCCUUCUUGGCUAUGUAGUAUCCGGACAGCUGACCGAAGCUUCCGCAUUUCUUGAAAAAAACAAACUAGCUUUUUAUAAGGACACUCUUUCUGCAGCACAAAAUGCAUUGGAAGGUUUGAAGCUGGAAGGAGCGGAGGAACUUACCAAGUCGCUGCAGGAAGCCGUUGAAAAAUCUACGAAAACCAAUGCUAUCGUAGAAUUGCUGGAAAACAGCGUCAAAAGCAGUGCCCAAAAGUUCGAACCAAAACUGCUGGCCGACUACGGCGAUUCCUACCAAAAGUGGGCGACAGAGUUUGAAAAAGCCGUAAGUAUAAAGACCGAGGAACGAAGCCUGGAGGCGCGAAAGGAUAACAUUAACAAGACCUUAAGCGAGCUGGAACUGAGACGUCAAAACCUGUGGUAUUUCGAGAACAAGGACGACAUAGACAUCCAGAUCUACAAAAAGAAGGUGUACUAUCCAAAGCGCUGGUUCGGCAAAAAGAAGAAGCCAAAGGCAGUCGACACGUUCUAUGUCCCUCCAAAUAUCACGCACAACGCAUAACAUUUGACCCCCUUUGGCCAAAACAAGUUAGAUCCAAUUGUUUUUAAGCUUUAAUUAAACUACUGGAGAGUUAAUCCAAA